AUGGCCAGGUUUGAAGAUUUUAACAGUGGGAGGAUGCUGAUGGACAAAAACGAGUCCUGGCUCUCUAAUUUCUCCUCUGCUGCAUCAUCCCUUGUGAAAGGAGGUGGCAACCGGGUGGGGGUCGGCCUCCAGGAGGUGGUCAUCGGGUUAAUACUCACCCUCAUCGACUUGGUCACGCUCCUGGGAAAUACAGUAGUCUUUAUCUGCCCGGUGGUGGAAAAGAGGCUGCGGACCGUCACCUACAUGUUCAUCAUGUCCUUGGCCAUGGCAGACUUCCUCGUAGCGUGCCUGGUCAUGCCGUUCAGCAUCAUUUACGAGGUGACGGGGAUGUGGUUGUUCGGGAAACUGUUCUGCAAAGUCUGGAUCUCCUUCGACGUCAUGUUCUGCACCGCGUCCAUCGUCACUCUGUGCUUUAUCAGCCUGGACAGAUACUGCUCCGUGGUGACCCCCUACCACUACUCAAGAAGGAUGUCCCGUGGCAGAUGCAUUGUGAUGACCUGCGCGGUCUGGGUGUACUCCUCCCUCAUCUCCUUCCUUCCUGUCAUGCAAGGCUGGAACGAGAUCCCCGGGGUGGAUUUUGAUGCAGGCACAGAGUGCAUCUUCGUCACCAACUGGAUUUUCGCCAUUGUGGCUUCCGCUCUUGCGUUUUUCGUCCCCUUCAUGGUCAUGUGCAGCAUGUACUUCUUCAUCUACCGCGCGUCACGGCUCAAGGCCACCCGUAUCAUGUCUCAGACCCUGGAGCUCCACUACCACCCCAACAGCAAGCGGCAGAACCACCUGCAGCUGGAGAACAAGGCCACGCGGACCAUUAGCAUCAUCAUUUCUGUCUUCGUGCUCUGCUGGCUGCCGUACUUUGUCCUGAACGUCUGGCUGGCUGCCCGGGGCACCCACUCCGCUAGCACUGUCCUGGUGGACACCUUCAAGGUCAUCACUUGGUUAGGGUACUGCAACUCCACCAUCAACCCGAUGCUCUACGCCUUCCUCAACAGGGACUUCCAGCGGGCCCUGAAGAAGCUGCUCAUUUGCAGGCCCAGGUCUCAGGUGGACAUUGGGGAGGACAUGGUUUCCAUAGCCACCUUUUCCAGGACUGCUCCCGACCUGGAAUAUAGCAUCACCGUGCCGGUGCCCAAUGGGGUCCUGAAGGGCAAGCCCAAGCAGUAG